AUGGAAUUCACGGAUCGACAUUCAAUCUAUGCCACGGCAGUAGACACUGUGCAUAGCAACGAGUCACCUCCACCCCUGGACCUUGUGGGGGGAGUCUUUAGAGUUGGACGGAAGCUCGGUUCUGGCUCGUUCGGACGCAUUUACCAAGCAAUCAACGCGCAGAACGGACAAGAAGUGGCAGUGAAGGUCGAAGGCAAUGACGGCAGUCAUCCCAUGCUUCUCUACGAAGCCAAGCUUCUGAAGCAUCUGGAGGGGGGCCAGGGCUUUUCCAGCGUAUAUUUUUCGGGCAGGGAGGGCGGCUUUAACGUCAUGGUGAUGGAUUUGCUCGGGCCAUCCUUGGAGGACGUUUUCUCCAGCUUCCAGCGGAAGUUUAGCAUGAAGACCGUGUUGAUGCUGGGGGAGCAGAUGAUCAACAGAAUAGAGUACCUGCACUCCAAGGACUUUAUCCACCGGGACUUGAAGCCGGACAACUUUCUGAUAGGCUCAGGCAGCAAGUUCAACCUUGUGUACUUGAUCGAUUUUGGCCUUGCAAAGCGCUACAGGGACAGCAACAACCAGCACAUCCCCUGGAGCCAGCGCAAAAGUUUGACUGGCACUGCUCGAUAUGCCUCCGUCAACGCCCACAAGGCAUCAGAGCAGAGCCGGCGGGAUGAUAUGGAGGCGCUGGGGUACAUCUUGGUGUACUUCAGCCUUGGCGUCCUUCCUUGGCAAGGGCUGCAGGCCGGGACCAAGGAGCAGAAAUACAAGAGAAUCAUGGAGAUCAAAGAAGGCUUGUCAGUGGAGAAGCUCUGCAAAGGUAGUUCUUCAGCACUGGCUUCGUAUGUCUCAUACUGCAAGUCCCUGGACUUCGAGGAUCGGCCUGACUACGCUUACCUUCGUCGCUUGUUCAAGGAUUUCUUGGCCAACGAAGGGCUGCAGAAUGACGGAGUGUUCGACUGGUCUGACGGGGAGACCCUAGGACCUGGGCAGAGACGGCAAGGCAGCGUGAGCAAAGCCAAACGAUCCAGAAGAGGCCGCGAGAUGGCGAGCUCAGUUGCUGUCGCCACCGAGGCGGAAAGAUUCACCAUAAGACAUAGCAGCAAAUUGACCUCGCGCCAGAAGAGCAACCCCUUUCCGGACAUGGAUACGGUGGCUCCGAUUGUGGAGGCUGAGGCUGAGCAGCCGAUACUAUCCACUCUUGGAGAAAGGCUCUCAAAGUUCUUCGGCUGCUGCCGCGCGCAGAGCGAGGAACCACUUUAUGGCAUCGUCGAUGGCGGUUUGCCAAAGUACAGCCUUGCCAUGGCAUGCUCCAGUCAGCUGGGCUCCAAAGGUAGGGUCAUGAUAGCCUGUGACCGCGUAUCGCUCCAUGACGAGAUUGCGAUCUUUGCGGAGCUCGCUGCGGUGCGGAUAUCCACCGGGAAAGUAGAUCCCUGGCAGGAUGACCUGUACAUGCCCGCCAUCGCGCGGCCGCAGGCGCGGACGCCUCCAGCGCGACCCCGGCACCGGGAUCGGCAGGGCGCUGGCGAGGAGCUGGCCAAGAAGGUUUGGCUGGGAUCCGCGGACACACGCGUAUGGGUGGUGCAAGCGGCGGACGCUGAGCAACCGGCAGAUGGCGCUGGCAAAUGUGCGACUGAGGCUGUGCAAGCUCGAACGCCGCAGACUGCCAGCGAGAAAGAGGCAGUGCAAGCCUACCUGUGCCACAAGUACUUGUUGAAGCGCGCGUCCCGCCUCCUGAGCUACAAAAUUAACCGUGCUGAAGAGGCUGGAGCCGCUGAAGCCAGCAGCAGGUGGGCGAAGUCUCGUGGCAGCACGCAAGCCAAGCUUCAGGCGAGGCUGGAGAUGGGGCCGCUGCCGGGGCCGAGCGCCUCAAGGAGGCUGAAGCUUCAGAAGCUCCGUGUGGCGCGCGCCCAGCUGCUGGAGCUCGAGCUCCGUGUUCAUGCUCCGCCUGGAGCAUUUGCCAAUAUUUUGGCACUCCUCUACGGGAUGCCGAUGAAGGUGCGGCCGAAGGACGUGAAGCGGUGGUGCAGCAAGGCCUGGUGGCCUGAGCUGGGCGUGGCGCAAGAGCUGCAGCUCCGAAGCGUGGAGACGUGCCUCAGGACGGUGCUCGUGGGUUUGCUGCAGCAUUUGCCCUGGGACAGCUGCUGGGCCCUGCUGCCACUGGCCCACGCCCAUGGGCUCCAAGAGGAGACGGCGCUGUGUUGCGAGGUCCUGGCGCGGCGGGGCGGGGAGGUGCCGCACCUGCGCCUGCGUGUGGUGCAGGACCUGCCGCUGAACGCCCUGAGUCACCUCCUCAGCUGCGACGCCUGGGUGGCCUCCUCCGAAGCCCAGGUCUUCGGGGUCCUGGAGGCUUGGCUCAAAUCAAAGCCCUGGGCGGAUUCGGAGGAGAAGAAGGCGCCUGCAGAGAUCUUCGCAGCUUCCGCGGAGUGGGGCAUACGGUGGGGCCUGCUGCAUUCCCGG